AUGUUAAAUUCUCGCCCUCUUCCAUCGCUCGAUCCCUGGAUAGUUUUUGCUAACUACGUUAGGAAGUUACCAUUUCAGAUCGCAUUGGUCUUAGUUCCCUUUUUUAUAGUAUUUUUGGUGGCUCUGAAAUCUAUCAGAUAUAGAUAA